AAUCAGUUCUAAGAACCUUUAUUUUUGUUUCACACAAAAUCACUGACAGUUUCUUUUCAGAAUUAAAUAAAUUCUAUUUUCAACCCAGUCCCAUGUACUAUUGAGUUUUUUCUAUUCGAGAAGUGGAAAUUGACUUUUGUAUUCGUCACAUUGACAAUGUACCAAAAAUUUACCUUUUACAAACGUUUUUAAGAGAAAAAUUAGAAUGGCUGUGGGAAUGUUCAUUUUGUCACACAAGCAAAGAAGAAACUUGUGUCUCCUCUUCUUGGCAAUGAACAUCCUUCAAAUAAUCCUAGGAUGUGGAAUGACAGGUUCAUCUUUGUAUAUAAUUAUAGCUGUGUCUCCCAUUCUUCAUUCGCAGAGAUCAGAAAUCAACUUUGCUUUUGUUGUAACUGGACUAUACGGCACACACGUGAUAUUUCACUGGAUAGUGGGAAUAAAAAUUUGCGAAAAGUGUUUCAGACAGGCCCACAAAAAAAGCACAAGUAAUUUGUUUCUUCUCUGGUCAUGUUUAGGAACAAAUACCGUCCUCAAUUUGCUUAUAGUGUCUCAUUUCGCGAGAAAAAUGAACAAACAACUAUCCCGCUCCAUAAAACAAUCCAUCGUAACAGGCAUGAGCCAAUAUCUUCGGGAAAAUAUAUGGAAAGAAACAAUCGAUACACUUCAGUACAAAAAUGAAUGCUGCGGUAUAGAUUCCUAUGAAGACUGGCAUGAGAUGAAGUGGCUAACGAAAUAUCAUGUGGAUGUUAAGUCGGAGACCGUGAAACAAUUUAAAGGAGACGGGGAUAUCCUUACCUUGCCUGUUACUCCGUGGAGUUGCUGUAAAGUAGAUUUUCCCAUGCAGUGUCUUCACGAUCCUAUUCAGCAAGCACAAUAUGCCCAUAUAUGGGUGGAUGAGCCCACCAUAGUCGUGAACUCCAUAAACACUAAAGGGUGUUUGGAUAAUUUGAAAAGACCCAUUGGAUCAGUGACAAAUGUACUCAUUUUUCUCAGUUCAAUGGUGUUCAUAUCCCACUUGAUUAUUUUCAUAAUCUCAAGAAUACUUUAUACAUCGACAAGGAAUGCAAUAUUACUGGAAGAUCCCGAAGGAAAAGCUCCUGGAUGGAUAUUUGGAAGAGGAGACUGUGGCUAUGCUGGUGGAAAAACUCUUCUGGAAAUCAUGGAAUCAUAUCCGCCUGCUGAAGAGCACGAAAAAAUCGAGGACUUCGUAGAAGGUUCUGAAAACGUCGCCCAAAAGGAUGGUUUUGAAGAACUGAACAACACUGUGAUAACAAUCAAAGAAUUUGAAAGGAAAGUUCCAACUCGACCACCGCAAAUUGAAAAAAGAAAUGAAGUAUUAACUAAGGGACAGUUUCCUUCAGAAGGAAUUAAAGAAACAAAAAAGAGUAAAGAACUAUUGAAAAAUGAAAAAAUGAAGAUGCUAAAGCAAGCCACAUCAGAUACAAAAAAGUAGGUAAUACAAUAGUGGCCCCAAACUGUGCAAGAAAUGAGAAAACUAUGGAUAUGAAUUUAUAUAUUGUGUAUUAUUUUUUAAGAAUAAAUACUGAUAAAGUA